GAUCGAUAGAUUAAAGAAGAAAAAUAUGAUGGAGAGGUUGCUAAUUAAGUUGUUAUUGAUGGUUUCAAUAGUUUUGGUUCAAGCAUACGGAUUCAAAGGUUUUUCAGAGAAAGAGAGGAUUGGUCUAUUAGAAUUGAAGUCUUUCAUAAAAUCAGUUAGCAAUUAUGAAACAGAAAAAAUCCUUGUUUCAUGGGUUGAUGAUAAAACGUCUAAUUAUUGUGAAUGGGAGCGAGUUCAAUGCAACACCACUACUAGACAUGUCAUCAAACUGUCCCUCAAUUUCACUAGGCAGUUUUAUUCAAUUCGUAGACUUCCAACUCUAAAUUUGUCUUUGUUCCAUCCUUUUGAAGAGCUGAGAAGUCUGGAUUUAUCUGGGAAUGACUUUGGAGGUUGGCAUGAGAAUAAAGCAAAUGAUGGAUUUAGGAGUUUGAAACAACUCGAGAUCUUAGAUUUUCAUUGGAAUUACUUCAACGUCACCCUUUUAUCAUAUUUGACUACCCUAACUACACUCAUCACUUUGAAUCUUAAGGGUAAUAGUUUGGGAGAAGGUCUCAAAUCAGUGAAACAAGGUUUUGCAAGCAUGAAAAACUUGCAAGCAUUGGAUUUAAGUGAUAAUCAAAUAAAUGGACAUCUAUCAAAUCUAGGGUUAGGAAAUUUGACAAACUUGAAAAGAUUGGAUCUAAGUGUUAAUGAAAUCAAUACUUCUCUGGCCAAUUUAGGUUUAGCAAAUAUGACAAAGUUGAAAAUAUUGGAUCUAAGUGACAAUCAAAUCAACACUUCUCUAGCAAGUUUAGGGUUAGUAAAUUUGACAAAAUUGAAAAUAUUGGAUUUAAGUGGUAAUCAAAUUGUCAAUGCUAAAGGUUUAAAGUAUUUAAAAAACUUGGAACAAUUGUAUAUGGAAUCCAAUGAGAUGAGCGGUGAUGCUCUUACUUUAGGUCCAGCAAAUUUGACAAAUUUGAAAGUAUUGGAUUUACGCUAUAAUCAUGUUAACAACUCUUUGGAAAGCUUAGGAAUAUGUGAAUUGAAGAACUUGGCUGAAUUGCAUCUUGGUUUCAACAUUUUCGAUGGUCACCACUCGAAAUGCCUACACAACUUGAGUAACCUUAAGGUUCUUGAUCUUUCAGGCAAUCAGCUAAGUGGGAAUUUCUUGUCAUUUGUUGCUCAUGAUCUCACAUCCCUUGAAUAUUUAUCACUUUCCCAUAACAAUUUAGAAGGUUUCUCGACUUAUGAUUUGUUUCAACCUGCAAGUGAAAAUCGGCUUCCAACAUAUCAAUUGAAGGGCAUCAUAUUACAGAAUUGCAGCUUAGAUGUUAUGCCUCGUUUUCUUUCAUACCAUUACAAUUUAAGAUACAUUGACCUCUCUAAUAACAAAUUAGUUGGAAAUUUUCCCGUCUGGUUGUUAGAAAAUUGCACCAAAUUACAAGAUCUAAGUUUAAGGAAUAACUCAUUCUCAGGAACUUUUCAUGUGCCCAAGUCUAAAUGCAAUCUACGUCUUCUAAAUAUUGCUAGCAACAAUUUUACAGAUCAGUUGCCUGAGAAUAUAGGUAUAAUUUUGCCUAGCUUGUCGUAUAUAGACAUGUCAAAGAAUUUAUUACAAGGUAAAAUUCCUUCUUCAAUGGGUGAAAUGAAAAGACUUAGUACUUUGGACUUGUCUAGUAAUAAUUUUUCAGGAGAGUUACCUGAUAAUUUUGUUAAUGGUUGCUUCUCAUUAAGAAUAUUAAGACUAUCAAAUAACAAAUUUCAAGGGCAGAUUUUUCCUAGGCGGAUGAACCUAACUCGAUUGGAGUGGUUAUACUUGGAUAACAACACCUUUAGUGGGAAGAUUGGAAAUGGGCUAUUGAAUGCAACUUCUUUAUUUUUCUUAGAUAUCAGCAACAAUAAAGUAGCUGGUCAAAUUCCACAAUGGAUUGACAAAAUUCCAAGUCUUAUUUAUCUUUUAAUGUCAAAUAACCUUUUAGAAGGCACUCUUCCCAUUGAGCUAAGCAAUCUUGAAGCACUUUCAAUGCUAGAUGUCUCUGAAAAUAGGUUGUCGGGAUCCAUACCAUGUGAUUUUAAUCUUUCGGUGAACCAUCUUUACAUGCAAAAAAAUUCUCUUAGUGGAUCAAUCCCAAAUUCAUUGUUUGAAAACUCUAAAUUAGUUACACUUGAUUUGAGAGACAACAAGUUUUCUGGAAAUAUUGAUCCCCGUUGGUUUAAUCAUCACUCAACUCUUCAUUUUCUGCUCUUGUCAGACAAUCACCUACAAGGUAGUAUUCCUAAUCAAUUGUGUCAACUAAUGAACCUGGGUCUCUUAGAUCUUUCAUAUAACAAACUCAAUGGGUCAAUACCUUCAUGUUUUACUAAUUUAACAUGCUGGAAAAUGGUAGGAGAUAUUGAUUGUACGCCUUUCAUUUCGACGUAUUCUUGGGAAAUCACUAAUGAUGAACUAGAAUUCUCCUCUGAUUCAGCAAUUUCAUCAUUCUAUAUGGAGGAAGGCUUUUAUGAAUCAUUAGAUACAGAAAUAUUCUUUGAAGUAGAAUUUACGAUGAAAAAUAGAUUAGAUUCAUACAAGGGAUAUACUUUUGAAAAUAUUGUCGGAUUGGAUUUGUCAAACAAUGAAUUAGCUGGUGAAAUUCCAUCAACAAUUGGAGAGCUACAAGGAAUCAUAGCAUUGAAUUUGUCUUACAAUUUCUUAUCGGGACCUAUACCUAAGAGCUUUGCCCAUAUGAGAGAGAUAGAGAGUCUAGACCUUUCCCACAAUAAAUUAAGGGGUCAAAUUCCUCCGCAAUUAACCCAACUAUAUAAUUUGGAGGUCUUCCAUGUGGCACACAAUAAUUUAUCGGGGCCAAUUCCUAAUCAAUUUCAAUUUGAAACUUUUAAUGAAGACGAUUUUGAAGGUAAUCCUUAUCUCUGUGGUCGGUUAAUUAAGAAAAAUUGCACUAAUGUGGCAUUACCACCAUCUUCAACAAUAGUGCAAGACGAAGAUAAUGAUGAUGAAUCUAUUAUCGACAUGAUAGCAUUCGACUGGAGUUUCACUGGAUCAUAUAGCACAACUAUAACGGUGUUGAUAAUGAUCAUUUGGAUCAACCCGUAUUGGCGUAGAGUUUGGUUUGAUUUUAUUGAUGCAUGUAUUUAUUUAUGUUUUUACUGGUUUGUCAAGUAUGUUUGGCAUUGAUUUUGAUCAAUAUAUAUGUCAUAAUAAGUUGAUCUCAUUUUAAUUUUCAUGUAUAAGAAGCUACCAGUGGC